AAAUGAACAUGCCUUGAACGUUGAACUGCAGGUUAAAAUGGCGUUGUCUAAUAUGUCAACAUUUCCGCGACUGUCCAGCGACGUUUUGCCAAAGCUUUUACUCUCUGGAGUAAAAGUCAGUGGCAUGACUUAUCGAACUUCGACACUGUUCUCUCCACGGACAAGAUUGGGACUGUGUCAUCAUUUUUCAACGUCGAAAGCCAAUGAAGGCUUAGGCCGAAGACUACAGUGGGCCAAUGAAAAGUAUGAGCAUUUACUGCAACAACAUUUCCCACGCUUUCAUGUUCUAUACCGUACAUUUCUGAACGGAUUUAGACUCUUAUUUCAAGAUGCCAAAGAGGUGAAAGCAAUUAAGACCAGAAUGCUUUCCAACAAUACAGAUCGCUGGAAAUUGCCUUAUCGUGAGCUGGAGAAACUCCGGCAGUUUCGUAGAGAUAUGAUCAAAGGCAUCCCACUGCUGCUGAUCUCCAUACCACCCUUUGCUAACUAUGUGGUAUUUCUCCUAAUGUAUCUUUUCCCCCGGCAUAUCCUGAUUCCACAUUUCUGGACAUCUCAGCAGCUUGUGGAGUUCCAAGCUGUUAAUCACUCCCAUCGAGCCCAAUCGUACAGACCUGUGAUUGAUGGACUGAUGCGAGCAGUUCCAUCUGUCAAAGAUGUUAAUCUCCAGAUGUGCCUCAAGGAGCUGUGUGGUAAGGUGCAGGGAGGUGGCCAUCCCACUGUCUCUGAAGUGCAUGCGCUGCGGCCCCUAUUUGCUGGAUCAACGCUAGGACUGAAGAGUCUCUAUGCAGAUCACAAGAAACAGCUGUGCUCCCUACUCUUUCUGACUUCCAACCUCCCAUCUUUUCUGAUUGGCCAGCGAUUGAAUAAUCAUGCCAUAGAGUUAAUGCACCUGGACAGAGCCUUGUUACAACUUGGCCUCCACCAACUGAGUGAUGCAGAGAUUAAACAGGCAUGUUACGUGAGGGGGAUGAAUGGUUACUCUUUAAGUUCACCUCAGUGUAGAGAGUGGCUUGACCUGUGGCUCCAGUUUUCCGUCCAUCUCAGAGAUCCAGAGACAUCACUGUACUUGCACAGCAUGGUUCUCCUCACAGUAAACUACCCUCAGCCCCACCAUUGUUGGCAUUCUUGACACCAUUCUCACAGAGACUAGAGGGGCAUGAAGACAAAAUACCAUAAUAAUUGACCUUACACCAUUUUGUCAUUAAGUGUUUUCUGUCAUACUUGUUGUCGUGUUCUUGGCAUGGUAAUGAUUGGAAAGAAACUUGUAGCUAAUAUGACCAAACCGUAUUCUGCCAAAAUCUCAAAAGAUUGUUGUCAUUACAAUUGUGUUUUACAGGAAGACAAACGGUAAAAACUGUAAAAAAAAUAAAUAAAAUAAC